AUGGCAUGGAAUAAUAUAUUCGUCUCAAUCGUAUGGCAACUUUUUUGGGCUUCCAUUUUAUAUUUUGUGCUGGAGUUCGGGAUUUCGGUGGUCAGAGGAGCGGUGCCGAAGAUUGGACAUGAUGAGAGAUUAUUUCCAAGAAACAUUAUUAACAAUAACGAUGCUCUGAAUCGACACCGAGUGAAAAUAGCAGAUGGAAUUCUCCAGAAUCUUCCGCAAAUCACACAAAAAUCCAAAAAUCUAGAGAUUCGAAUUGUCGCUUCAAAUCGAGGCAACGAUUUUUUGUAUCAGACAGUCCUAUUUGUUCUGGAACAGCAGUCCGCCACUUUCAAUUAUAGUUUGAGCAUCUGCAACGUGGAAUCUGAAAUUUUUCCGGAUCUUCGAAGAUUCGAUAAACUAAAAAUUCCAAUUAAGACGAUUGGCGAAAAAUCAGGAGAAGUUUCAAAAAAUCAUUUAAAUUCUACAAUUGGAAAGGAAAAUCAGGACUACUGGAAGUGUCUAGGAUUGCCAACCGAAUCAAGAUAUAUCUUGUUAAUAGAAGAUGAUGCCGUAGUGAUUCCGGAAUUCUCGAAACUCUUAUUUUCACUUGUCAAAAUGUUAGAUAUCCAUGAAUAUGUGGAUUUUGCGAAGCUCUACCAUCCCAACUAUUUGCGGAAACUCCCGUCUUAUAUUAUGGCAAAUGGCUUUCGCCUCUAUCACUAUAUCCUUCUUUUCCUGUUACUCCAUUGCCAGAUUCUUCAAAACAUUCCCAAUUUUUACAUUCCUCAUCCUCUCGAUUUCCCUUUUCUGGAAUCUCACAUUCUACGGUUUCCCGCUGAUUUUCGCUACUACCUAACCGGUUCCGCCUACAUAUCGUAUCCCGAGUCUUGCUGCACACCUGCUGUGAUUUUUCGACAAUCUUCUGUGAAGAGAAUGCACGAAUAUUUUGUCAGGUCCCAAGCUUUUAGUGGUCAUGCCAAAGAUCAUAUCCUCGACGAAUCGCCAUUUACGGGUCGCCAAUCCGAUGUCAACUACGUCACACAUAUCGGAUCGUUUAGUUCAGUACGGCAACGUGCUGUUUAUUUGUCGGAUUUGAGGGAAAAUUGA